AUGGAGGGGCAGAGCGGCCGCUGCAAGAUCGUGGUGGUGGGGGACGCGGAGUGCGGCAAGACGGCGCUGCUGCAGGUGUUCGCCAAGGACGCCUAUCCCGGGAGUUAUGUCCCCACCGUGUUUGAGAACUACACCGCGAGCUUUGAGAUCGACAAGCGCCGCAUAGAGCUCAACAUGUGGGACACUUCAGGUUCCUCUUACUAUGAUAAUGUCCGGCCUCUGGCUUAUCCUGAUUCCGAUGCUGUGCUCAUCUGCUUCGACAUUAGCCGGCCAGAAACGCUGGACAGUGUCCUCAAGAAGUGGCAGGGGGAAACUCAGGAAUUUUGCCCCAAUGCCAAGGUUGUACUGGUUGGCUGUAAACUGGACAUGCGGACUGACCUGGCCACACUGAGGGAGCUGUCCAAGCAGAGGCUUAUCCCUGUUACACAUGAGCAGGGUAGUGUGCUGGCCAAGCAGGUGGGGGCCGUGUCCUACGUCGAGUGCUCCUCCCGAUCCUCUGAGCGCAGUGUCAGGGAUGUUUUCCAUGUGGCCACAGUGGCCUCCCUUGGCCGUGGCCAUAGGCAGCUGCGUCGUACUGACUCACGCCGGGGACUGCAGCGAUCUACUCAGCUGUCAGGACGGCCAGACCGGGGAACCGAGGGCGAGAUACACAAGGAUCGAGCCAAGAGCUGCAACCUCAUGUGAGGGGCGGGUUGGGGCACAGUGUGAGGAGGGGUGGCCAGGGGCACAAUUGUUCACUUGCCUGCACCUGGGCUUCCUGACCUCCUGACCCUGGCUAGGGGUCAGGGUGGGCUGAGUGGGCAAUUCUUUCUUGGGAAGGGGGCUAGAGGGCAGAAGGCUGUCACCAUUCCCUAUAUCCUCAUCCUCCCUCCUGUCCACAGGCAGCUAAGGGAGUUACAGGGACAGGCAUCUGGGGCAUGAGCUAGGAUGGUGCAGGUGGGAGUUGGGGAAGCUGGCAUCAAGUAGUGACCUUGGUCGAAUCUCAGUAAAUGCAAGGUGCCUUCACUCCCCAUGCCCCAGUCCCUAUAACCUGGUCCUGGCUUCCUUCUCUAAGGAAAGAAUCCAUCCUAUGACUGUCUGUGUUCCUCUCCUCUCACUUCGACAGUUGUUCUUACACACCCUAACCUCCAGGCAACAUGUACUAAAUUAAAACACACGAGAAGCCCCUCCCUAUUUGCCUAUCAGCCCCAGCUCCCUCCCUCCCUCCCUUCCCCAAAAGUCACCAAUAAAGCCCAUGUCUAUGGAAAACGGCUGUGGCUUUAGUUUUGUUGCUUUUUAAAAAAAUAAACCAGUCGUUAGCAGCAGGAGGGAGAGUUAGAACUCAGGAAGAACUUUCUUGUCUCUGCCCAGAGAUAGAGCAGAGCAAAAAGCCACGGGUCCUUUCAGCCGUGUCCUUCUAGGAGCCAGAGGUGGGGGAAAGAAAUAUUUUGGGAAUGUUCAUCCUAGUUAAUGAGCUGGACAAUCCUCAGGCCAUUGAGGGGCUUUGGAGUGGGUUGAUGUGCAAUUACUCAAGGUUACUGAGCCCAGUUGGGGCCCCUGCUAAUGUCUGAAGGGUCCUGCUGAAGUGGUCCAGGCCCCUCGCUCACCAUCUCCACCCCUGGUGUGGAGCCUAUUGGGGCCUUGGGGUUGUGGGGCUGGAGGACAUCAAAGGCCUCCAGAUCACGGAAGCUGACCCUCUGCCAGGUGAAGUUUCCCUAGGGAAUAGGAGCUUGAUUCUGGGGUAUCCUGGGAGGCUGGGACAGGGAUUCUUUCUCUCUUUCUAUCCUGAGCUCCUUGAGCAUUUUGGGAGGAGUAUCAGCUGUGAGUUUAGGGUCACCCCUACCCCCUAGAGAAGGAAAGCUGGUGGAGGGGACACAGCCGGAGUGCUUGUUAGGAAGGACAGUGCCCGUCUGUUUUCUCAGGAGUCUGGUUUCUGAUUAUCCUGUAUUCCCUCCCUGGCGCUGGUCCCACUGGCCUCUUUUCGGUGACAUUCUCCCCCAGGAACCAUCCUACCCCUCCCCCAGCCCCAGCCAGUUCUUCCAAUGACACACUCUGGGAGGGAACAGUCCUUACCUUCCCAUCUGCUGGGAUCCCACCCUAAUUCACAGCCCACCCCUCAUUCAUUCAGCAAAUAUUCACUGAGUACCAACUGUGUGCCAGACGCUGGCUGGGGAGACUGAGAGAGGCCCCUUCUCUGUUUCUGGAGGCCAGCUGGCAGGAAGAAAGGUUUCCCAGGGCUGGAGGUGCCUCGAUGGAGGGAUGUAGGUGUGGAAUGUUGUGGGAGUGCCUUACAGUUUGGGAGGGCAUCCUGAGGAGCCAGGUCCUGAGGAGCCAGGUCCUGAGGCAGAGAAGGGGUGGGAAAGGCACUCCAGACAGAAGGUUCAGUAUGUGCAGACACAUGGAGAUGAGGAAGGGCAUGGUGCUUCUGGGGCUCUCACAGCAGGGCGGGCAGGAGAUUAGGUUGGGAUGUUACACUGAGGCCACUGCAGGACCCACAAAGGAACUGAGGCCUUCAUUUUGAGGCUGGGAGGAGCCAUCAGGGAUUUCAAGCAGGGAAAGGAAGUGAUCAGAUUUGUUUCUUGGAUAGACAGUGGAAUGGGGCGCUGGAGGCUGGAGGACUUGGCUCUGAGAUGUGUCCUUUUAAAUAGCUUCUUCUUUCCCUAUGCCAGGCCCCAGUCUUGAGAGGAAAGGAAAUUUAUACCCACUCUCUGGCCCCUCAGAUGUCCCUUCCUCUCUUUCUCUUACCAGACUCCCAUCCUGGUCCCUCUCAUCCAGUCUUCUUGAGGAUUCUGGGAUAGCUUUGAGGGCACUGGGCUUUGCACUAGCCCUGCACUCCCGUUCCCCUCAACCUGAGACCUGGUUAGGGUGACGCUGAGACUGUCCCCCAUGACUCUGAAUCCCUGGAUGGAGGUGCUAGGAUGGGCUGGAGGUACAGCUCCCAGGUGCUGCUAAGUGGGUAUCCAUCUUGUUCUAGAGGGCUGACCCUUCCCCCACAGGAAUCUGCAGAUACCAUGAACUCAGGAUUCUUGGCCAAUCCAUGUGGCUUCUCCACUUCGGACUUGCUGGGUAUCCUGCAGGCUCAAGCCUGCGGCUGUCCAAGUGCAGAAUGUUGCCAUCCCUCUUUUUUCCCAACCUUCCUCUCCUGCUGUUUGCGCUCAGGGAAUGCAAACGCAUUUCAGUACUCGCCUAAAGCAAACAUAAUUAGGAAGAUAAAUCAGCUGGCGGAACCCCCAAAGUUUAAUACGUUUCCAACACCACCGGGAAUGGAUUUUGGUCCCUUCUGCAAGUCUGGGUGGCCAGACAUUUUAUUUUGUGGGAGGGGGUUGUGCCUCUGGGCUGAAGAGCCCUGUGGGUGGGAGGAGGCAAUGGGGCUGUUCCUUGAUCCUCAAAAGCCCCUGCAGGCUGGAGGGAGGGGGACCUUACCUCCACCCUGCCCUCCUAGAGUCAAACCCAGCUUCCUCCUCUGCAGCUGUUUCCCCCACAAAUUAGACACCAGUUUGGGAAACAAUGUAGCCUCGUUAAUCAUUUAAUGAAAUAAACAACUAAUCAUGCUGUGAUGCUGCCAGUGUUUCUUAACCUCCGCAAUCAGCCAGCCCAGGAAGGAAGAGGGGGGAGAACAGAGGGGAGGAGGAUGGGUGAUCAAUCUCACCCCUGAAGCACUUCAGCUGAUAGAGGGUCAUCCCCUCAGGACUCCAGCUCUCCCAGGAGGGAGCGACAUGGCAAGAACUUGAAAUUGUGAGGCAGAGGUCCUGGGGUUUGGGUUCUAGCUCUGCCACUUUUUCCCUGGGAAGUCUGGCAAAGGCCGUACACCUGUCUGAACUCAGUUUUUACACCUGGAAGAGGGAGUUGAUCAUCACAUCUUCCCGCAUCUGGGAAGAUUCAGAAAGGAGAAUCAGUGUAGAAACAAAUGCCGUCUGACCCUUUGAAAGGGGCUGAGCUGAUGUCGGUCUUUUUUCUUUACCACUAAGAUAUCCAGGCUUGAGUGCUCCUGAGCUGACCCAGAAGGAACCAGGGGAGGCUUCUUGGAGAGGGUGUUUUGUGCUGGGAUUCAAAGGUGGGAGGAAGACCAGGAGACAGGAAGGGGAGACUGCAGUGUCCCCACACCUACCCAGGAGGCUGGAGAGAGCUUUAGUGAUUCCUUCAAAGGCCGAGGUCCUUUUGUCCUCAUUUUUAUGAACACCACCCAUUGCCUUUUCUGAAGUCGCUGGGUGAGGACCCCAGGUUUCCAUAGUGACCCCACCCUAGAUGCACUCAGACUUGGUUGAUUUCUCCUGGACACCCAGACCCUGGCAGGCAAUCCUGGGAGAGCCCUCUCCUGUGACUCUGUCCUCUCUUACCCAGGAAAGGGGUUUAGCUACUUUGAGCAUCCCCCUUCCUCUUGCCAACAAAGGAGUUUCUUCUGCACAAUAUAGCCCCUCUCCUGCCUCCCUCCCUCCAGCUGGGUCCCCAGAUCUUCCGCCACCUCUACUCCAUCUCCUGCUCCCUCUUGUCAAGGCUGAGGGUGAGGGUCAGAGAAAGGGGAGGCUCCAGGCCCAGAGGGGCGGGGUGAUUCUCAAGCAGCCACCCCCGAGUAGCCAGAGAGACAAGAGAGACCCGUAUAUAAGUACCCCUCCUCCCCAAGAAAAUGCCUCUGCUGUUGACUCCUAAAUAACAGAUGUCUGUCUGCAUAUUAAUGAGAUUGGACGAAUAAUUGGUGAGUUUUUCAUUCAGUGUCAGAAUGAAACCCGGAGGCCUUAUGUUCAUAGCACACAGACACCCACUCACCCUAGACUUUCCCCUUCCCCCAGAGUACAAUGAAACAGACGCAGAUGCUGGCAGGCUUGACCCACAAAGUAGAAUGGAAAGAGAGGAGCCGUGAGGGGGGAGGGGAUGUGAGCAAGAGGGAGACCCCUGUGGUCUGGGUUUCACUGCCACACAGCCCCCCAGGGAUGAAAGCUUAAAUGUGGCCCAGAGAGGGUGGGAGCCAGAGGGUAGCAAAAGGUGGUGGGGGGGGGCAGGGAGGCAGUUGUUGCCUAGGGUAGAGCUACAAAGCAGUGAUCUCCUUCAGAGAGGUUGUCCCUCCCUUGAGUGGGAAUCAGCAGGCCACUUAAUCCUGCCCUAGGUCCUGGGUCAGGGCGUGAGGUGGAAGAACAGAGGCUUUGGAGGCAGACAGCCCCAUUUGCCAGCUGGGUGCUCUUGCCCAAGUUACUUGACCUCUCUGAACUUCACUCUCCUUGUCUCUAAGAACAUGAAAAGACAGAAUGAAAUCAAGUGUCUCAUGUGUCUUAGUGACUGGUUUAUAAUAGGGCUUAGUCUCAUCCUCACCUAUCCCCAAAAGGCACCGAGACAGCUUCCAAAUUGCUACCUCUCCUGCCAGACCCACCCCUGUUAGGGCAGAGAUUAAUUAGAAGUUUAGUAAUUUUCCUGGCUGCUGGGAAACUGAGGGAGGAAAAAAGGUACAGAGAGGGGCAGGGAAAGAGAAGUUGGAAGUGAGAUAGACAGCCAUGGGAGAGAGAAGGAUGGAAGCCAAGGCCUGGAACAGAAGGAAAGACUAGAGAUACAGAAUCACAGAAUCGCAAGACUUGAAUGCUAGGAGUGGGAGUCUAGAAUCUAGACUCUAGAUUCUCAAAGCCCCAGUUCUGCCAUGAACUCGCUGUUUGACCUUAGAAGUCUCAUCUGCUCUUAGCACCUCAGUCUCCUCAUCUGUAAAAUGAGAAGUUGGUUUGCUCUCCAAGGCCCCUUGUCAUUGUGUGAGAACAAGAGUCUCAGUGGCCUGGGGGAGAGCCGGAGAGGGACGCCGGGCUGCCCCCAACACUGUCACCCAUCGGUCACUCGUGCUCUGUCUCCUCUCUUCCUUGGUAAAUGGAUCUGCUGCGCCAGCAAACAACUGUCCAUUGUGUCCUAACGAGGGACGAGCAGGGAAAACCAAUCACUUAUGAUGCAAAUGAGCUGGCGGCUGCAGGCUCCUCGCAUUCACUGAGUGCUUCUCUUCUGCCCAGGCCCUGUCAGCGCUGCCCCGUUGGGCCUUUCUCCCUAGUCUCAGUUCCCAUCUGGUCCUUGAGAAGGAGGAGGGGGGAGGCCCAGGCUGGUCUUCCCAUUGUCCCUCAUUGCCACUGCCUGCAAUGAGCCCCAUCCCAUACCACCUCUGAGCCAGACCUAGCUCCUCUUUCCACCCCAAAGGGCUCCAAGGACUCAGGUUUUAAGUCCCUCUGUCCAUCUCCAUCCCCUACAGCCCUUGGUGGCACUGGGAAGCUGCUGAGGCCGCAGCAAAAAGUCGAGGGGUAAUACAGGCUUGUGUUGGGGUGAAGGCUUGAGAGUUGCCCAGAGUUGGCCACUGGGGUGGAGGGCGAAGGGGAAAAGCCCCACGCUUUAGGAUGAAGCUGAAAAAGAAGGCGGCUUGGGCUUCUGACACAUGUUAGUUGGUCAGCAGGGGCAAGAUCGCUGCCUUCUGCUAGCAUAGCUCUGUCUGUUGUCCCUGGGUCACAUCUUCUAGAAAUGACCUGUUGAAUUUCUAAGGGAAUUUUUUCCUCUUAAUUUCCCUGGCAUUUGGUUAGAAACCAGGGGCAGCCCCUGCACAGAUCUUAAUUUCUACGAUUUCAGAGCCUCUGUGGGCUUGGAGAUGAUCCCAUCAGCAGGCCUCUCAACUUGGGGCUACAGAGGCUGAGACAACCCCCACAGCCCUUUUCCUUCAGAAAAGGUCUCGCCUCACCAGGGCCUAGGGGCAAAGUCUGUCAGGGGCAAUUUUCUACCCACCUGGUACUUGCUUAUUCCAGAGUCUACAGCCUAACAGCUGGGAAGAUGCUCGUAAGUUGUAUCUUGAAUUUUUCCCGCUGAUAUACUCUAGCAUUUGGUUUCAUGUGGGUUUAAGAGAAAAUGGCAAACAUCUGCUUACCUUGUGUGUGUGUCUGUGUUACCUUCGGAUUCACUGUCUCCCAUCACUAAUCUAAGACAUACAUCUGGCAAUGCUUAAAAAACAAAACAAAAAGCCCUUCUGGAAUUAGCCAACACCAACUGCUGCAGCAUUGCAGAGAAAAGACUUCACCAGGUCACAACCACUCUAGACAACAUAAUAAAGGCGUAUCUGUCUAUGGCCUGAUGGAUAGAAACUCCUGGGCUAGUUAGUUCCAGGUCUACCACUAAGUCACUGGGUGACUUUUGACAAGGUUCAGGACCUUGGUUUUUGUCAUUUGUAAGUGGGAAUAGCAAUCUCUACCCUAGCCACCCCCCAGGGAAUAAGCAAGGGGAGAGAAAGAGAGAGAGAGAGAAUGGUUAUACCAGUGCUUUGAAUUUGCAAAGAGAUUAUCAUGAACAUCAUAAUUAUUUUCCCAGCCAUGGUGGCAGAAGUCUAUCUGCCUCAAGUGUCCAGCCUGAAGGAGGCCUCGCUGGAGGACAGAGGGAUGGGGAAACUGAUGGGCCCUGUCUGGGUGGUACUGGUCUGAUUAAUCAGGAAGGGAGAAGCCUUCCUGACAGGCAAGGGAGAAUCAAGGAGGAAAUCUGUAGGUGUGGAUUUAGAAGAGGAAGAGUGAUUCUUGGACAUGUGGAUUUCUUACACUGUUCUUGGAAGAAAUCAAGGUCCUGAAAAAAGAGCGAAAAGGACUGAAUUUUCCAGGCCCAAAGUUCUUGAGGGUGAGGUCAGCAGUUGGAAAAGUCAUUCAUUCAGUGAGUCCACUCAUUCAUCCUUUCACCAUUCCUUCAGCAAGUACGCACUGAGUGCUUAACAAGGCAUCUGCCAGGCACAGAGCUGGGUAAUUACAAAGAUAAAAUGAUACUACUUCUGCCCACGAGGACCAUGUAGUCAAAUAGAAAAGAUUAGACUAUGUACACAAAUAACUCAUAAUUGAAUGAAGAAAAUAUUAUCAAUAAAGCAAAACUUCUGGGGUGUUUUGAGGGGGAGGAAGAUUCUGGCCCGGAAGACCUAGGGAGGCUUUUGUGAGGGAGGUGGAAUGGAUAGGAUUUGGACCUGUGAAGAUGGCAGAGCAGGAUGGAAGACAGUGGAGCAAAAUUUGUGGGUCCCCAUAUUUGGAGGCCAAGGAAACUGAAGGGAGCUGUGGGCGAGGCAUGAGAGGUUGGGUUUUGGCUUGGUAGGGGAAGUCCAGAGAAUGAGUGAGAGGAGGUCGGAGAAAUGUAUCCUUAAAAGAUGCUCGCAUCUCACCUCUUCUUUCUGGACCAGGGCCCUUUCCCCAAUUCUGGAAUCUGGACGUUUUCACCCAGGCCUUCUGGACACUCCUGGCUUCCUUGUCACCGAAUCCUACUCAAGCCUCGAGGCCCAACUUGAGAUCCUUCCCCAAGAGGUCAUCCACAGUAGGCAGAGCCUGGCUCCACCACACAGCCUCUUAAAGAACUUCUGAACCACAGUUCUGCAAGGAUUGUGGUUUCUUGCCAAGCCACUGAAUAGUAAGUAAUUUGAAGGCCAGAAGUGAUUCUUAUUUCCCUCACAUACACACGCACACGCACACGCACGCACACACACACACACACGCACACAGGGUACUACAGAACUGGGCACAUCAUGACCCCUCCAUCAUUAACCUUACUGUUAUUUGCUGCCUCCCAGGCCUGGUUCCCAGCAAACGUACUGGAAAUAUCACAGGCUUCAGCCUCACACAGAUCUUUGUUUGAAUCCUAGAGGCUGUGCCACUUCCUUUUGUUGUGUGACUUUGGGCAAGUUGCUUGACCUCCUAAAACUUCAUUUUCCUCAUUCGAAUAUGGGGAGUAUUGUGUGGCACUUAGUAGGAAUGUGGCCUUAAAUGACAGCCAGUAAUGAUUACUGUUGUUGUUGCUCCUGAGAGCUAGCAAGAUCAGAUGGUCCACAGAACCCAGGGCUGGGUUUUCAUUCUCCUUUCCUUUUAAUUUAGUCGUCUCCUCCUCCCACCUGCCUCCCUCUGUUUUGUCUUCCUUAGGUCUUUCCUGCCACCAGCCUAUCGGCCUGCCUGCCUCCUUUUCUCCCUGCAGGCUGGCUUUCUCCUCUCCCCUCAGAUAGCUCUGCUGUUGGCUCACUGGGAAUGGGCUGUCCGUGCCUUGCGCCAUCGGUCAAUAAAGAUAAAUUACAAAAUCAUUUGUUUUAUUUGUUCUUGUUACCUUGAGGGCUGUCUGAAAUUGCCUU